CGGCGCUCUUCUUCUUCUUCUUCAGCCCCCACCUCUUCUUCCCUUCAUUCUAUUUUUUCUGUGUGAAAAGAAAGCCACAACGUUGUAGAGAGAGAAAAUGCCAUUGACGAUAAUUGAAGCUCUUAGGAAUAAUUUAUCAAGAAAUUUGAUUUGGAGGUGGAGAUUUGUAUUUUAGAGUCAGAGGGAGCUACGUUGAUCAUCAAAAUAUUAGUAUAGCAGUGAUUCAUCCGUCAAGAAAGCUCCAACAUCUCCUUGAAUUGUAUUUGAAACAAUCCAGGUUGGUACUGGACAAUGGGAAAUGACGAAGAUGGAAAGUCUGCUAAAUCUGAGAAAACAUCACCGCCUGCAACCCCGGAUCAGACAACUCCUACCAAUCAGACCAACAUUCACGUAUAUCCUGAUUGGGCAGCCAUGCAGGCAUAUUAUGGUCCAAGAGUUGCUCUCCCCCCAUACUACAACUCAGCUGUAGCUUCUGGCCAUGCUCCUCAUCCCUAUCUAUGGGGUCCACCACAGCCUAUAAUGCCCCCUUUUGGGACGCCUUAUGCGGCAAUCUACUCGCAUGGCAAUGUCUAUCCACAUCAUGGUCUUGGAACACAUGGUCAAGGGGUUCCAUCAUCGCCUACUCUGGGUGUUACUCCUAUGAGUGUGGAAACGCCUACAAAAUCAUCUGGAAAUUCAGAGAGAGAGAGUGAGAAAAAGAUGAAAGGGUUUGAUUCACUUUCCAUGUCAAUAGGCAAUGGUAAUGUUGAGAGUAGGGCUGAUCUGAUGCCAUCACAAAGUACGGAGACAGAAGGUUCAAGUGAUGGCAGUGAUGGGAAUACUUCUGGGGCAAAUCAAAUCAGAAGAAAAAGAAGUCGUGAGGAGACACCAACUACAGGAGAUGAGAAAUCUGAGAAGCAGGUCAACUCAGUUUCUGAUAAGACAAUGGGUGCAUCUCUCUCUGCUGCUGGCUUAUCAACGAAGUUGGUUGGACCUAUAGUUUCUCCUGGUAUGACCACGGCAUUUGAACUCAGAAACCCUACUAACUUGAGCCCCAAGACCAGUCCUGGCUUCAACCAAACUUGUACAGUAUUGCCUUCGGACUCCUGGGUGCAGAAUGAUAGGGAGCUGAAGCGUGAAAGAAGGAAACAGUCUAACCGAGAAUCUGCUAGGAGGUCAAGGUUGAGGAAGCAGGCUGAGACCGAAGAUCUUGCACGCAAAGUUGAAUCAUUGACUUCUGAGAACGUAGCACUUAAAGUAGAAUUAAACCGAUUAACAGAAAACUCGGAGAAGCUGAGGCUUGAGAACACUAAACUAGUGGGUAAGCUUGAAAUCGCACAACUUGGGCGAACGGAAGAGAUCGUAAUGAACAAGGUCGACAAGAGGACUCAACCUAUAAGUACAGAAAAUUUACUGUCUAGAGUUAACAACUCUGGUUCCAUUGAUAGGACUGCCGAGGAAGACAAUGGCAUGUAUGAGAAAAACUCAAACCCAGGGACCAAGCUACAUCAACUCCUGGAUGCAAGUCCGAGAGCCGAUGCCGUCGUGGCGGGCUGAUCAAGGGACUAGUUUUUGGGCGGUCUCUUUAAUUAUGUAGUUUUGGCAUAUUUCAAGCCCAAAAUUACUGCUAACAAUAAGCAGGAGGAGAAUGAUACGGCUCAACAGAAAAACCCAUUUCUCUAAUUUUUACUCGCGAGUUAGGUGUCAUGUAAGAACUGAUGCUUUCCUAAUUAUUAGAAUUUUAGAGUGCUGAAAUGGCCUCUGAAAGGUAGUUGUACAUUGAAGAGGUUCUUAACUUUAUAAAGAUUUAGAGUAGAGUAGGUGAGAAACUGUUUGGAUGUGUCUUGUGGUGGUGUAAUUUUAUUUUAUUUUAGUGGUGAAAUGUGAAAGACUGAACUGAAGGCCAUGCCAUGCAAUAUGUGAAAGAGCAAACACUCGGUGUACUCUGCCAACCUGGUGACUUAUAUCUUGGCAAGAUUUGUUGCUUGGUUGUUUCUAAUUAAAUAUUGGUUAAUGGGUAUUUUGCAAA